UUGGCAAAUUAGCAACGUGCUAAGUUGAAAGCAAACGAAAGAGAUGUGGAAUACAUUCCAUGAGCUGAUGAAGCAAAGUAUCUACUGUCCACGGCCCAACAGGACCUGUAGUGGUGAUUACAGUAGUCUUUAUUAUGGCGACACUCCCGCCAUAGUGUCCUUCAUCUCUUGUUCUCUCUCCCUCCUUGGCUCUCUAAUCACUGUCCUCCCAUACUUGCUGUGGAAGGACACUCGUACAGGUAUACGGCGUAUUAUAACUUUCCUUGCCGUGGCGGACUUCUUUACGGCUGCCAGCUACAUCAUGGGUAACAUAAACUUUUACAUUUACAAGCACAACAGCAAAACAGCUGGCAUCAACACCGCUUGUAAUUAUUUUGACCAAAUCUGUGAGGUCCAGUCAUACAUAUCCUCCUGGGCAUCUUACAGCUCUUUCUGGUGGACCUCCAUACUUGCCCUGUAUCUCUACUGGACUGUUGUUAAGGGAGACAUAAAGAAAGGAGAGAGAUACUUCCCACUUUACCACGUUCUCUCUUGGGGAAGCCCUAUGCUGGCAAUGGUUCCUCUACUCGUCACAAACAGUUUGGGAUAUUCUUACGUUGCAGCUGCUGGGUGGUGCUUCAUUAGAGGUUCACGUUUCGACUCGUCACUUCAAUAUGCACAAUUGGACUUUGAAGACAUUGUAAAAAUACUUGCAGGUGGAAAAGCUUUCGAAAUCGGUACAUAUGCCUGGGUGCUGUUGAUGUAUGGGGCAAUACACUGUAAUAUUAGGAAAAAGGUAUCAUUUAAUAAAAAAGAUCAAACUCCAACAAGCAUUAAUGGCGGCGUGAGUGUCCUUCUCAGACAAAUUCAAAAGAAGCUCUAUUUCAUUCCAGCUGCUUUUAUCAUAUUGAGGAUGUGGGGAACGAUACAAUUCAUAGUAUCCAUAUUUGUUUUUAAUUUUCGUAAAGUUAAUCAGGACGGUUGUAUAGAAAAGGGAUAUCGUGACCUUUAUUUCUCCCUUGCCAUUCUCCAGUGCAUAGGAGAUGGUGCUCAAGGUUGGGUCAACUGUAUCCUCUAUAUAUUCUGGUCCCCGAAAAUCAGGCAGAGACUUAUAUUAAACCCACUUAGCAACUGCUGCUAUCAUGUAGCAACUCAGAUACUCCCCACCACUUCGCGGCAUUCAAGCGCUCUCUCUCCCGUGAACUCUCCUUCGCCAAAGAGUGUCUUUGUAUCAGUACAGCAUGUCGGAGAGGAAGAUGGAGGUCCUAAGGAGAAUCGAGGAGGAGUGGAGGGAGAGCAAGAAGGAACAAGCGCGUUGCUUCAGACGUUUUCGAGGGAAGAAGACGAAGAGAGGGUGCCGUUGAUUGCAAGCGAGAAGACGUGA